GACGUUCUCAAAAGCUGUCGUGUUUUGCUUUUGCAUUUCCUCUGUACUGAGUGUGGUUCUCACCAUGACGGAGGCACCCAUUACACAUGCAAAAGAACCCGUGCAAGAAAAACGGGCGGCAGACCGCCACCGUACAGACAGUUUGACAAUCUUGAUGUUUUUGACGUUGUUGUUGUUAACGGUUUUGACAAUCUGGCUGUUCAAGCACAGGCGAUUUCGUUUCGUGCACGAGACUGGCUUGGCGAUGAUUUACGGUUUAAUUGUAGGGGCUAUCAUACGAUACACAACUCAAAACAGCAAAAUCCCAAGUGCAGUUAUUGUAAAUGAGACCUACUAUUUUGAGAAUGCUCCAGAAAGCGUGCUUAUCUCAUAUGAUGUGCAAAAUAAUUCAAGCUCCAAGAGAAUCCAGUAUGAUUAUUACGGAGAGGUUAGCGUGCCAGAGGAUGAAUCAACGUUGCCCAGGACGGUGACCUUUAACCCUGAAUUGUUCUUCAAUGUACUACUGCCACUGAUCAUCUUCAACGCUGGAUACAGUAUGAAAAGGAAACACUUUUUCAGAAAUAUUGGUGCAAUAUUUGCAUAUGCUUUCCUUGGGACGACAAUUUCAUGUGUUGUUGUUGGGGGCAUUAUGUUUGGUUUGACCAGAUUGAUGACCAACAUAAGUGUCAGCUUAAAUGACUGUUUUUUCUUCGGAGCCUUGAUCUCAGCCACUGACCCAGUGACGGUGCUGGCUAUAUUUCAUGAUCUGAACGUUGAUGUAGACUUGUAUGCCCUGGUAUUUGGAGAGUCAGUUCUGAAUGAUGCCGUGGCCAUUGUCCUAUCAUGGGCUAUUGAGACGUAUGGUCGAGAGUCCCGUGCUGGCCACUUUAGCGCCAGUGCAUUUUUCCAUGCCCUUUUGACCUUUGUAAAAGUGUUCUUCGGAGCAUUUGCUAUUGGUUCGCUGAUGGGCUGUAUUACAGCUCUGCUGACAAAGUUCACAAAGAUUCGUGACCACCCACUGUUGGAGACGUCGCUGUUUGUACUGAUGUCAUACAUUACCUUUGAGGCAUCAGAGGCAGCUAAAAUGUCGGGUAUUGUGGCUGUUCUGUUUUGUGGCAUCACCCAAGCUCAUUAUACUUUCAACAAUCUUUCUGCCACCUCCAAGGUGUGGACAAAACAGCUGUUUGACCUGCUGAACUUUCUGGCAGAGAAUUUUGUGUUCCUGUACAUCGGUGUUUCCAUCUUCACCUUCCAGCCCCAGAAAUGGCACCUAGCCUUUAUAGUCUCAGCUUUUUUCGCCAUUAUUCUGGGCAGAAUAUUUAACAUAUAUCCACUGUCUUUCCUCCUAAACUUGGGGAGGACCAAUAAAAUUAGGUUUAAUUUCCAGCACAUGAUGAUGUUUGCAGGUCUUCGCGGUGCAAUUGCUUAUGCAUUAGCGAUUCAGAGUGUUACUACGGAACCGCGGCAGCUGAUGCUGUCCUCUACCAUGUGUAUUGUGUUAGUGACCGUCAUUCUGUGUGGAGGCCUGUCCACACCCAUGCUACAGUGGCUCCAGAUCAGGACCCACAUCAGUGAGGGGCCCCACAUCGGUAAAGGGUCCACAUUAGUGAAGGGCCCCCACAUCAUUGAGGGCCCCACAUUGGUGAAGGGAUCCACAUCGGGCCGGCCAGAAGCUCCUCCUCCUAGUUCCUCCUCUAAAUACGAAAAAGCCUGGGUGGCAGCCAAGUGGUACAACUUUGAUACAAGGUUUAUGAAGCCACUGUUGACAAACUGUCGCCCGUGUCUAAUUGAGACGCUACCAAACUGCUGUUUACCUGUGGCACAGUUCCUGACUACAGAGGAACAAUUAGCCCAGGGUUCCUCGAGGACGGAGGACAAUGAUUCCGACACAGAUAUGAUAAUUGCUCACGGAGAUCGACUCUCCUACGGAGAACCAAGCAGUGGCGCUUCCAGUGCCUCUGUGCUGGAGAGUACAGAUGUCGUCAAAUCAGCUGAGGGCUUAGAUGAUGAAGAAGUGUUAGGUGACCUUGGCCUUGGGGACUCAAACCAUCAACCAAUGAAAUUACAGAUACAGUUACCGGGAUCAUCAGGUGAUCGUGUUUAGCCAAUCAAAACUGUAUGUAUGUGUGUCAGGUGAUGUAAAGUAGCCAAUCGCAUCCAGGCUCAUUUUCCCAGAGAUUGCUUGUCAUACUGUACAUGUAUGAGUUAUCUGUGCUAGUUUAUCGUGUAGUGUUUUAUUAAAACUUGUUUAUAUAGCAGCUGUGUUGUAUAGACAAUUCUCCUGCAAAUGUGUUGAACAUUUUAGAGAUAAAUGUAUGAUGAAGAACCACUGAUGCAGAUCUUAUUCUUGUUGGAUCAGUUGAAUUUUGGACAAAUGUUUUCAGUUAACAUUUAAAGGAUGUGUACAUGUGCAUAUAAGCCUGAAUGUCUAUUUAAGAUUUAUCGUAAUGGUCAAAUAACAUUUCAUGUGAUGAGCUAUGUACUUUUAUUUAAUUUUAGUUGUAAGAGAAUAGUUGAUAAUUGUGGUCCAGUCUUAAAAAUGUUGGUAUCUCAUUGCUCUGUAAAUAGUGAUUAACCAAAAAUGGCAUAAAUUGAGUGUUCGUUAAUUUGAAGGACAUAUAACCCCAAUUCCAUUUAAAAUAGAAUCCAGCUGAACUGUAAUUGUGGUUUAACUGUCACUUUUGGCAUGUUCCGAAAAAGGCAUAUUGUAAACCAGCCUGUUGAUCAGCUUGCAUUCCAAGUACCAAAAUGGCUAAUUAGAGUCUAACCCAGGUAUUGAACCUAAUAGCUUACCAGUAGUACACUUGCUGCUGGCUACAAGCAUUCCACUAUAUUUAAACAAGUUUUCAUCUGUUGCCAGAGUCAUGAUUUUCUUCUUGUAUGUCUUCUUUUUUUUUUUGACUGAAAGUAUACCUUGGAUGACAUGUCCGUCUAAUUAGACAGAUAAUUAACAAUGUUGACACAAAUUACUGCCAUUCGGAUUGGAUUACAUUGAACCAAAGUUUUAUUAAUUUGCAGCCUUUCAAGAUUUUGAAUAUUUGUUUUUUGAAAAACCAAGUGUGGCUACACUGGCUAUGAUUUAUUUAUUUCAUUGAUGUUUUACACCAUACUGAGAACACUUAUGUGAUGGGGGCAAGCAUCAUGGUGGGAGUAAACCGGCACAACCUGGGGGGAAACGCAAUGAGCAUCCACAAGUUGUUGGCAGACCUUCUCACGUACUAUUGGCUAUGAGUUAGUCAUAAGUUAAUAUGGAUCCAGAUGGCCUUAUGGACAGUUUGCUUGUUGAUGCUUGCUGUAGAAAGAUGUAGGCCCUAUUCACUGACAUUUUUUAAAUUUUUGUUUUCAUUAACUCACAAAUAUUCCAGCAUAUUAAUAUUGUUGGCAUAGGUGUAUCUGUUCUAUACUUCGAUAGCUGAAGUGUUUGUAUCACCAAAGUCAAACCAUUCCAGUGUGAAGUUGAGAACCAACACAGGAAUAAUGCAAAGUGCUUGUAUAUCAGCUGUAAUUUGUACCGCUUCACUCAUUCCUGAACCUUUUUUGCAUAUGAAAGGGCCACUUUCAGUGCAAUCUACAUGCAUUUUUAAAUUGGUUUUGGAGACAGAAGUACAUUGGUUGGAUUGACCAGUUUCAGGGCUUCACCGUAAAUAUAAGUUUAUCAUUCUACAUGGAAUUAUGCCUUCAGAAUAUACUGGAAAAAAAACACUUGGCAAACAUGUGAAAAGGUUGAAGAAUUACAGAACUUCCAACUACCAUAAAAUUUGAAAGUCCUUCUAAUUUGAAUCUUGCUCUUUGUCGGUAGAAACUGUCAAUCUUGUGUUCUAGCUGUGGAAAGUAAUAAGAAUUAAGCAAUGUUUCCACAAUCAGAUUUUUUUUUUCUCAAAUUGCUACAACUCAAGUUUGCUCUACAAGUACUGGGGUAACUUUUACCUGAUGUCACUUUCAUGUGAACUCUUUCUACACCUCAAAAAAGUUGGGUUAGAAAUUAUAUCUCCUGGUUUCUUAAGAUUAUGAUAAGUGCUGUAAGUCUUCAACAUUUCCAACCACUGAAGCACUUUUUCAGUGGAAUAUAUACGUACAGUUAUUAUGAAAAUCACACCAAAAUUUAUUUUUGUGUGUGUCAUUAAAGAUGCAAGCUUCAUAAAACUGUGUAGAUUAUUUCUCUACACCCCUCAGUUCUCUCCGAAUGUUUCAAAAUAUAUACGUUUGCAGAGGUGAUUGAAAAGGUUGAAGAAUUAAUAUGUAUCAUAUGCAGUGAAUUAUGUUUUUUGUUGUCCUGAACUACAAUUUUUGUGUUCUCCAAUAAGAUGUUACAAUAUAUGUUAAAAUGAGAAGUUUUAGAGUAUAUAUGUACAUCUGGUUCUGUGUUAAUUGUGAGGUAGUCCUUAACUUAAUAAUGUAUCUUUCUGUAAGCCUGUACAUACUAGCUUAUAAUGAUUAUAAAAGAUAUCUAUGUGUAACCAUACUUGUAUAUUAAAAUGUUUACAUACCUAUGUAUUUGUAGAGAUGUGAAAUGACGUAUUGCAGAGGUGGCAGAUGUAUGUAUUUAUAAAUGUGAAAAUUUCAUCCUAACCACUACACCUACGCCUGUGACCAAGCUGUUCAUGCAUGGCUGAAGCUGUAAUUCUCACGUAAUGAGUAGAUAUGUGGCAAGCAAAUCAGGUCACAUUAAUCUGUGUGAUUAAAUGACUGAAUUUAUGAAGGUUGUAUAUGUGUACUAGUUCGUUUCCUUCAUCUGGAAUGCGUGUAUGUAAAUGUGGGGUAGAUAUGAAUAAUAACCUUUGCUGCUUUAAAAGGAGAAAAAUGUUUUAAAAAAGUGAUAAACUGAAAAGGAAUGCUUCUAUCUUUGAAUCCCUGAUUUGCGGGAUUUGAACCAUUUUAGUUCAGCACAGAUUAGAAUUUGACAUUGUGUGGCAAUUGUGACUUGUUAUGGUUAAUUAUUGUGAUACGAAUAUACAUGUAAAUGUAUGUAGUCCUCCAGUUCAUCUCACCUGUCUGUACUUACAGGCUCGCUUUUGAUUGCUGUGGUUAACAGGGAGCCAAAUUUUCUUAAGAUGCAAUGGUUAUAAGUUUAUUUAAGUUUAAGCUUUUCUCACGGUAGAAUUUCCUGUCCGUAGAAAUUUGUUCUUUAGGUUUAGGUUUACCAUUCCUCUGUACCAGACGAAGGCUAUGGAGCUUGUAACCCAGCGUGAAAUUGUUUAGUUUCUGUAAUUAAUGACAUGAAAACUUUACUGUUCAACAUAUUUGUCUUUAUUACAUGUACAAAGUAAUACUGUAAUACAAAAUGUUCUAUCAAUACAGUAUUAUUGAUAUUCACCCACUGGAUGCAAGAUAUGUUUAUAAUUCUGUGGUAUUUAGUAUCAUCAUCCGGGGCCUUCACUCGCUUAUCAGACAUUAAAAUCUUGUUGAAUGUUCUUCUGAUAGCCACUUUGCCCCUGACAGCCCCAGGGGUAGAACACUGUGAACCAGCUCUCAGUCCAUGUACAUCUUGAAUUGAGGAAGUUUAUGACAUUACCCCAUGAGAAACGGCAUGAGCUUACCCCAUAAUCCCGACUACAUGUAAUGUUGAUACAAGUGAAGAUUUCUUGAAUUCCGUAUUAAACAGAAGUCUUUAAAAAAGAAACAAAUAUCUGGUGAUAUCCUGGAGGAUAAAAUUGCUGUAGUCAAACACCCGUGAAACCCAAAUUAGCAUGGCUCUCUUGUAUUAUACGGCAUUUCAGUUGCGUAUAACGUCAAACAGUAAGCGAUUUCUUCUUGAAGACUCAAGAAAAUCUUGAGUUUUACUCAAGAAGACUUCUAGAAAAUCUUGAGUUUUACUCAAUUAAAUUUGUGUCAAGUCACCAAUCCCAAGAAAAACUUUGGUAAACCUAACAGUUCUCGACAAGAUGAAUAAAUUGUUAUGUAAUUAUUGUUAUGGAAAUAAGUUUGCGUUCCUGCGACAAAAAUGUAUAACAAUGGUGAGAAAAACAGCUGCGGUAGGAUUACCAGUCCAUGACAUCACUCUCUUGUUUCCAGUGUCAUACUAGUAGAAAAUCUGUGACAAAAUUAUGCCAUAAAUUUCUCUUAGUUUUCACCUGUUUCAUGUAAUCCUGACAGAAGCUUGGUAAAGUGGAAGGUCAACGUCAACAUUAGAAUAUUUCCCCUGAUUGAUAGAUAAAUGAAUGAAAGGCCUUUAAUGUAUAAGGAACCCUAAUAACCUAGUGUUAAAAGGUUCUGAUAGGUACCUUUAAGACAGUAUAAUGUCAAAGAAAAAAACAUAAAAAAAGAAAACAAUUUAUCAGUUGUCAUGAGUUGAGUCUUUGUGGAGUUUUGUUAUUGAACCCAAAUUCAAAGUAACAUAUUUUGUUAAGCUUGUUUUGUUUUUGUAUAGAAAGACAGUUAUGUGAAACUCACUUUAUUUAUAUCAGAGUAUCUUUGGAUAGCAGCUUAAAAUUGCUUUAUAUCCUCUUUGCCCACCUCACUUCACAUGAAUCUCCUUUUGCUUUAUGCCCUGUUUGUUUAUAAGAUUUCCUCCAAUAUGAAAUUAAUUGUUCCGCUUAGGAAUAGUAUGAUUGUCGUUAUUUGUUAUAAGUUUGGAAUACAUGUUCCCACACUUAUGGUUAAGGGUUAUGGUUGGUUUCUUUGUAUACUCAGAAAGGUCUUCUCAACAGGUUAUAUGUAUAUUUAAUAUGUCUGUAAUGGAAACGUUACUAUAUUUGUUUAUUUCUUUCUUUUUUUGUGUUUUAUUAUAAUACAGUAUAUUUACAUACAACACAUCUUAACAGCUUGAAGUUCAUUUUUAAUGUUUGUUUGAAGUUUAUGUGUAACGUUUGUUUGCUUGUUUCUCUCCUUUUAGUUAUAAUUCAUUCUCAUUUCAAUUUAUUAUACACUGUGGCAUAAGCAUUGUUAAAAUAUUAAUUGUUCAUUAUUUGUCUGAUAUCUAUAUAUAAUUUUGUUGACUCAAAUGAAAUGUACACGAGAUAUGACAUAACGGAGGUUUGACGUAGCUUGGCUGUUAAUAGUGUCCACCAUUGUCUUAGCACCAAGCGAAAACCUGAACAGUUGUAAUCAUUUUAUAGGUUUUUCCAAUAUACUUCGGCGUUACAUCCAAUAAACUUACAUUUUAAUUAUAAAUACGUUUAAUUAUGAAUUUGUAAUAAAAAUUUCUUUUGUUUAUACUUUUUUUUGUGAUUAAAAUCUAGAAAUGUAGGCGUUAAACAUGCGAUCGUGUGGAGAUUACAAAUAUAUGCCCCGAAUCCGUUCUGUUUUUUUUACAUAUAGCUGAAUAGUUUUGAUGAAAUUCAUUAAAAGGUGGUGCCUGUUUUUUUUUUUUUUUAUUGAGUCAAAUUAUCGUCAGUUGGCUUCAUAUCCAAAAGUCAGAAAUGACCAUGUAAACCCGGAGAUCAGAUCAUAGUCAUGUUGUACGGCUGCAGAAACUGCUUAGAUCAACGUAAUCUCUCGUGGCCCUAUAUCCGAGAGCUAUAUUUUCGACUCUCCACCUUUAUGAAAUAGGGCAACUGUCAAGCACGCGAGCCGAGUUUAUAUAGCAAAAACACCAAAAAUCAAACAAUAUUUACUUAGAGUGGUAAAUUUGGAUUUGACUCGCUCCAUAUGUAUAUCUACACUUAUUUGAAUGAAAGUCUGGCUGCAACCUGCGGAUGGUCGUGAGUUUUCUCCGGCUUCCUCCCAAAAUAAUGCUAUACGCCGUCGUAUGAGUGAAAUAUUCUUGAGGACGGUGUAUAAAACCAAUCUAAGAAAUAAAUAAAUAUUGACAGAAUGCCGACCUGGAGAUUUUGGAAGAAUAAAGCGGAAAUAACUUGGUCCAUUUGAUUCAUCGUCUUGAAACGUACAGUGGAAGGCUAUUUACGGAAUCUUCAUGCCUUUGUGUUUGUAUAAUAGACCCAGUUUAUUUCUGUUUUCACAAAUAUGUACUGUAUUGUGCUAACAAAGAAUUUGUCAAUAAAAACUUCGAUGAUGACUUUU